UAGGGGUUUAAGUACAAAUAAAAAAAAAAUAUAUAUAUUUGAUGGUCAAACCAGAACAGAGCAAGGUGAAGAUUGCCACCAUAAAACCCCCAUUCUCAUUAAUCAUCGGAAAGAGAUCGGAUCCCACCGGAGCAGCACAGUGAAAACUAGGGUUCCGGAGUCCAUGGCAGGAACCGGGAGUUCCAUGUUAUAUUCUCUUCUUCUAUUCAUUAUUAUUCUCUCGCUGCAAGAAAUGUAUAGAGGGAAGUUAGCAUCAUCAGAGUUGUUCACUAUACUCGGAGGGUUCACCAGUUCUGUCCUCUUUGUUAUGUUGCUGACUUUCAUUGGGAAUUAUCAAGAAACUAUUGGCAUCAAGACUGGGUGGGGUGCUGUUAUAUUCGCCGAGGCAGUUGCACUUAUUGCUGCUAGCACUGUUCAUCGAGUUUGUAUCACAACAUGCUUCUUGUUUUCUGCUGGACUGCUCUAUGAGGUUAACAAGCUUUCAGGGAUGAUGCUUUCCAGAAGUGAAUCUAAAAUGAGAAGGCACUGAGGAACAUUUUGCUACGUUUAUCUAGAUUAGGAUUUGUACCUUCAAAACCUUAACAUGAGUUGUAUUGGAUAGAAGUUUUGGAUUUUAAGCUGUUGGGGUUCCUGGCACAGUCAAUCUGAGCAUGGUUUUAAAGGAACUUGAUAUCACAUAAGGCAGCAUCGUCGUUGGCUGUGUAUUCUGAUGUUUUUGGUUUUUGAAUUUGUCAAGAGAAAGGAAAUGGAGAGAGAGAGAGAGAGAAAGAGAUUGGCUUUUGUGUGGUUGGUCAAAGAAAAAACAGAAGAAAAUAAGUAGGCAAUUUUCAAAAAAAGAGAAUUACUCAAAGAAAAAUUAUUGGGCUUGAGUAA